GCGUGACGUCGUCGAGCAUGACGGGAGGAACCUGCGUUUGAUAUCCAUGAAGUUUUUCUUUCUAAACUAAGAGCUCAAAUACACAGGUACAGAUAUGUGUGAUUUCGACAAGCAGAAGGGUCCUGGGCGGCUGAUGAAGAAAGGAUUGACUCUCAUCGUCAUUGGUCAUGUUAAUUUCAUCCUGAGCGCUAUUCUUCAUGGCAGCGUGUUACGCCACGUAUCCAAACCCAGCAAUGAGAUCUCAACGGAGUAUACCAUAUCAAACAUCAUCUCUGUCUCCUCAGGACUGCUGAGCAUCGCAAGUGGAAUUGUUGCAAUAUUGGUGUCGCGGAAUAUUACCUACUGGAAACUACACAUCGGUCUGUUAGUGAGUUCCUUUCUGAACACCCUGCUCACGCUGGCAUGUUUAUUGGGGUUGAUUUUGGCUAUCAGUCUGACCAUUUCAACCGACGGGAGCGGCCUCAUGAAAGGAUGCAAUUCCACUAAUAAUGCACGUUCUCCGGUUAUCGUCGACUGCCCUUUUGAUGCCACUCGCAUCUACGACACAACCCUUGCUCUGUGGUUCACCUGUGCUGCGUUUACUUCACUGGAGGCUGGACUGUCUGUGUGGUGCUUUAUUGUGGGUCUCCAAUUAAGAGGCAUCGGACCCUGUGCUCAAAACUACAUCAGAGAGCAGCUGGAAGAGGAGGCCCUGGCGUCAGCAUCAAAGAUGGACCAACACCACACAACUCAAGGAGAGCGUCUCAUUGCACAUCAGUCCGCCAGCGCUUAGAGAGGUGGGACAUUUACUGUGGUGAAACAGAACAUAAUGCAAGUUUUCAUUCAUCUGGAGUUACAUUCUGCAUUUGUAUUAAUUAAUAAUGUAAAUUGUUCUGUAGAUGAUUUGAAGCACUGAGGUUGUGAAGCAGAUUUUUUGCCACUUGAACUCAAGUCAGUUGAGGAUGUUUGGUCUGAAUGUGUUCAGUCUACUCAUAUAGAUUGUAAUUAAACCCAAAACAUAUUCAUAGUCAUUUUCUGAAACUGUAUAUGGAGUUACAUGUUGUGCAGUUAUGGUUUACAUGGAAACUAAACACCCAACUUAAUUUCAAAAUUAUGAUUUUUUUUAAAGUGACCACUUGUAUUCUUUUUUUAUAUCAUGUUAUGUUAUUGCGCUCCCAAUGUCAAAUAUACCAAAUGCUGUUUUAUUUUACUUUAAAGGAAAGCAACUGUUUUACUAUCUAAUGUGCCACACAGUGAGCUCUCUAUAGCCGGUUGUCAUACAAAGUCCAGUAUGCAGUAUAGGGAGUGUGCCAGAGCGCCGUCAGAGACGUUAAUCUGGGGUGGAUUCAAUGAUGCAGAGAAAAUCUCACACUCACAGAUAAUCUAGUGUGAUUACAGUAGUUAAAUAUUGACAGAGACAUGACUGAAACUGUCAAAACAAAGAGAUUUCCCUCAGCUUGAUGCAUUAAAUUUCAUUUCAAAAGAC